AAACGGAAAAAAGUUAUAUAGUGGAGUUAGUCAUCUAAGCUCUGUGGACCGUUGCUCAGUUAAAUCAAGAGUAGUGCAACGUUUGAAAUGUAGUAAAAUACUGAUCCUAUCCCAACAUUUUUUGAGAAGCAUGAACAUAUCGUAUAUCUUCGUAUCAGUUUGUCCUUGUCUAAAAAUAGGUCAAUGUAGCCAUAUGAUAGGACGAUAUAACAAUAAUCCCGCUACGAUUAGUUCUGUUUUCGAUGAGUCUUUUUGCAUCACAAAACAAGGAAGGCAGAACACAAUCUGUACCAAAUAGAACAUUGCAAUUUGGAUACUAAAUUGCGACUACCUCGUGGUAGGGCGUGGCACUUUGUACUUCAGCUACUUUUCCAUUGUAGCUGUUCACUUCUGCUUCUGUGGCGUAGAAAUGAAGGGUUUGUUGUCUGUUGUCUGUCUGAUAUAUUUUCCAAAUACAGGUUUUAGAGUCUAUUAGGCGGUUGGAAAUUAUGCGAAUCUCUUCGCAUUCUAUGACGGUUGCCAUUUUACCAAUUUACACUGCAUAUAACCAGACUCAAUUCUGAAAAAAAAUGUUAGUCAGAGGGGUAAUUUUAAUUACUGAUAACAAACAUCCCCUGAUUCAUCCAUCAUCGAUCGUUUGCUUUUAUGCACCACUUCUCGGAAUCUACACGGUCGUUAGAUACUCAUGAUUCAUGACCACAGAUUUAAACGGGAACAUAAGCAAUCAGCUAAGCAAGGUUGAUAUUAGGAUGUUUAUUGGGGUGGAAGAUAUAAGGGUGGAAGAGCAGAAAAUGAACGUUCUCCACUAUCGCACCGUGGCAGGUUCAUUCCAUGAGCUUGUAUUUGUGUAUCUAAACAGGGAAAGGUGAAGAUUUUGGUGUAGUUCCAAAUGGACAGGUGAAUUUGCAGCAGGUGUAGUCACAGUUCUUACGCAGCACUUAACCGUAGUAUCGCAGGUUCGCAGUGUUGAGAUUGACCGAAACCAUGAAGAUAGCGGCGUCGGUAACGACGUGUCUGUUGGUGGCCUUUCUACUAACCAUCAACGUAGAAGCACAGGAAAAUGUCCUCACCCGGGUGGCACCGUCAAUGCUGGAGUGUUACGAGAAUGGACACAUCUUCGAGCGGGACAAUCGUCUGCCGAUGACGAUGAACAUGUUGAUUGAGCUGAUCCGGAAAGUGGAGGAUUCCCCAGGAUUUCAGCAGGACAUUCGUCAGCUGGCCAUCAGCAUGCUGCAUCGUUUCCGGCAGGACGGUAUAGUGCGUGCACCGGGAGUAUCAACCGUGUCCGGUGUGAUUCCAUUCAGUCCGACCGAGUUCCAGUUUACGAAGCAUCGCGUGCUGUUUUCCCGCUUGCUUCCAGGCAAUGCGGUCAACUUUCCGAAUGCUACCUUGAGCAUUGACGAGAGGUGUGCUCUCCAUUUUAUGCUAUCAAACUCGAUUGAUCGUCGUGUUCGUGGGGACGAGAACAUUCGCUGCUCACAGCUAUCACAAUAUCGGGCCGCUCGAGUACCACGUGAACUAGAUUUUAAGGAUCGGAGCAGACUGCGUUCAAAUUACCUCGGGGACAAUGAGAUGCUGGAGCAACCAGAAAUGGAUCGCAUACGGGAACACAUCAAGAAGAUUAAACAUAAUGCUGCGUCGGUCGCACGACUCGAGAUGGAUCCGGACGAAGAUCAGCCAGAUGACGAACCUCAGGAAGCGGCCGCGGAAGAGGAAGAACCACAAGAGGAACCCGAGGCAGCUGCAGCAGCAGAAGAAGAGGAAACGGGUGAACCACUGGAGGAAGAUGAAGCACUAGGGGAGAUUGGUGACGUGAGCCUGGUGGAUAUUGCAUCGAACGCUAUCAGUGCCUGUCCGGUGGAGAAUGGAGUGGUCUAUACACCUUGGGGCUCGGUAAUGGCCGGUACAGUGUUAGCUGGUAUUGCGGCAGGCUUGGAACCUCAAACCGUACAAUUUCGCGAUCUUGUACCACGCUCCGAUCAGUACCGUAGCCGACAGGUUCAGACGAUGGUUGUGGACAAUCGUUGGGCAGCGACGCUGUCGGGCGAUUUGGCCGAGGUUAGUUUACUGCAUGCACCAUCUGUUACAAACAAUGUGCAGGUAGGAGCAGCCGGUGCAUGGAAUCGAACUGUGGCCCCGCGUUGGUAUUUCCUGAGCCAGCGAGAAAAUUUACAAAUGACUGACACGGAGAUACGGGCCGGAAUCGACGGCUUACUGUUGGCUACAAACAUCGCCGAAUGGCGUAGCCGUGCGAACAACUUACGGUUGAGUCAGGUGUUGGACAUGUACUACUCACAACGUGGAGUGUUUAACGACACGGUGCGUUCGUGCAAUCGUCGCGAUCUCUUCACGACCGUUGCACCGAUGCAGCAGCUGCGCGCGCAGACGGUCGCAUUUAGUACGGUGCUGGAUAAGGAGAUGCAAAUGCCAUUCACCAUCACACAGGACGCCAUUAUAAAUUUCUCAGACAGAGCUACUGAUGCGCUGGCUAAUUAUAUUCCUUCCGCUCUGAACGAUCUGACGUGCGAAGCAACAGCGAUCGUAACGAACGACCAAACCGUUUGGAGAGCGGCUUCCGAUUUGUACAUUUUUGUCGAUGCUGCCUGGCCACACCGUGAUGUGUACUCCGUUGUGUCGAAUAUUCUCGAUUCGGUCGAUGUUGGUCGCUUUGGUACUAACUAUACGAUUUUGAAUGCCCGUGAUGGAAAUGUGAUCGUAAACUCAACACAGUUUCUGUCGGACUUCCAUUUGACAUACACUCCCCAGCUGCAUCAAACCCAACCGAAUGGAUUGAAUAUCCCGAAUGUGUUCCGACGACUGCGCGAGGAAACGAACAAUCUGAUGGCUGCCGAACGCCGUACCAAUAAUCUUAGUGGACGGUCGAAGAUCGCACUACUGAUUGUACAUACGGACCGUGUAAGUGAAGGUGACACCAACUUUGCCAUUCAGCAUCUGCAAAUCUUCCGCGAAGAAGUGCCGGAUCUGCGUUUCCUAUAUCUAGCAGCCGGAGAUCCUGGUCGAUUCAAUCGAUUCGUGCGUGACGAGCGGCGUGACGUGUUUCCGUUGCGUGAGCUAGAAUCCGGAUCUGUGGUGGAUACGGUGCGCGUACAGCUUACUCCCGUUAUACACCGCGUACAGCAGGAACCGAGAAGGAUAGUGAAUCCCCGCUGUGGCCAAGACUGGGUGCAGGAAAACUGGGGCUCAAACUCGAUGAACCAGUUCGUGGAACCGCGCGGUGUGAAUUUCUACCGUUUGCAUCCGAACUACUUCUUCCGAGAGGGUAACAACAGACGUCUGCGCAUCCAGGGUCACGGGUUUGCAACGCUAACAGUCUGCCAUUCCCGUUGGGUUGAACGUCCAAGACAAAAUUCAACCGAAAAUCGAGACAACAUCCAAUGCCGCACGAUUAACACCGACGCGUACGAUAUAGAUUUGUCAAACCCUUGCGAUGGUCACUCAGUGAUUCAUACCUGUCCGCCGCUGUUUGUGUCCGUGGAAGGUCCUCUGAAUCCUCCCGCCGUCAUCCGUUGCUCUGAGCCGGAAUGUCGCUUUCCGGACAAUGCGCGAUAUGCUAUCGUGCUCGACAAUAUGGGUUGCUUCAGUGGUGCUAGCAGAACGGUCAGCACACUACUGACGGCGGUCAUGGCUGCAUUGGUACUAGCACUGUUUAAGUAAACGUAAUUGCUGAGACAUUAGGCCAAGGUUUAGUUUAUUGUAAAAAUGUUUCGUUUUGACAUCUAAAGUGCCCAGCUAGUAUUAAGACACCAUCGUACAUUUCGAGCUGUAUCGUAUGGUAGCACCCAUUUCACGUCCAUAGAGAUACCAGUAAAAUGAAUGACAAUGUACAUCGAUUUACCGGUGCCGUUUUGUUGACACCGAUGACAAACAGUAAAAUAGUAUUCAUUCAAUAAAGAUAUAAUUGUUAUACGUCCAUA